ACUCUAUUCGUCAUUGUAAAUCAUAAUAACCUAACAAACACAUUUCUUAAUUUGAAAAAUCUCUCUCUCUCUCUCUCCGGCAACUUCAAAGUCUCUUGGUCUUGUUUAUUAUCUUUACUUUUCAUCAUGAACUCGAUGUUCAGUGCCUUCGACGCCCUCUUCGUAGAGCUUAUGGGAAAGAACCUUAUGGUUUCUUCGCUUAACGCUACCUCCACCGCCACCCCCAAACCUGCCGUACUGCAAAAGCAAACGCAGAAGGAGGAAAACGCAAGCAAUAAGAUAAGUUUGGUGCAGAAGACUCCGAGGUUUGCUCUGGAGCUCGACGGUCUCCACUGCUUCGAGACAAUAGUCCGUUCUUGAUUUUGAUUCGUAUUGGUCCGUCUUGUAGCUUGACCUCGAGAUCAAGAAACAAAUUUUCUGAGAUUGUUAUUUUAAUUGGAUUUAUUCAUUAUAUCAUAUUAUCAUGUGUUUGUGAAUACAUUUUGUAAUAUCGAUUGAUUAUGUAUAAUUUAUUUUAUAUAUUUCUUAUCAAUUUAGUUAAAGUCGAA